GAAUUUUCAGUCAACGUGAACCCAAGUGCGGAGGAGAAGAAGAAGAAAGAGAAUAAUCUAGUUUAAAAAUUGAAGUGUGUAUUAGAGCAAUAUGCCACCAAACGCAGUACCCAACUCACAAUCUAUAACAGAUUCCUUGGCUGCAACUGUAGCCGCAAAUGGAAACCCAAAGAAUUUACACGAAUCGUCGACUGGCGUUCUUUUCGAAUAUGACGCCGAAACUAUUGAUGGUGGUUUGGUCAAAGACAUUGAAAAGUUAAAAAAAGCAGAAAAACGAAAACUGAAGUUAGUUUGGCGAAAUAUAAUUGCCUUUGGGUAUCUACAUCUCGCAGCUUUGUACGGAGCUUGGUUGUUAAUCACGUCAGCCAAAUGGCAAACUAUUGGUUUUGGUAAGCGAAAAAUUAACUACAAUUUUGUUUUCUAGUUGUACGCUUAAAAU